GCAUGCUCUAGCCCAAUGAUCACGACCAGAAUUUCUGCUUCAAAAUUUGAUUUCACUCCUAUGGCUUCUCUGGAGUUAAAAAUCACUUCAGCUUUUUCAUUCCUAAAAAUACCCCUUACAUCGGCCUUCCCUGGAUUUCCCAAGGAGCAGCCAUCGGUAUUCAGCUUUAGCCUCCUUUUUACCAAAAUAUUUCCAUUGGCUCUCUUAUCUUACCCUGAAUGUUAUGAAUUUCAAUAUUCAUAGCACAUAGCAAAUCUGAAAUGGAGGGUUUCCAGCAUGCAUCGAAGAGAUUGACCGGAGAUCACCUUUCACCAUUUCAAAGCUGUGUUUGUAGGAUCGAAAUCUUCUGCGGUGAGGAAACUUGGUGGACAUUGGCUGAGGCUACCUCGGAGGCAGACACGUGUUCUGUGACAUGUGGACGGUGUCAGAUUGCAAUUUCGGCUCGAAGAUGGUACACUCUAUUCGGAUCUGAAAAUUUUGCAACCCGAUUAGAAGUUGAUCCUGGAGGAAAGCCCUAGGUUCAACUACAUCUCUGGAUGAUGUCAUGAGACUUCAAUAUUGGGCUAAGUAUUUUUUGAAACUCAUAAGAUGGAAAUGCUUGGUAUUUAGAUGUUAGAGUUUCAACAGUUUUUGGCAAAUGAGUCUUUGUUAAUUCAAAAUGUGGUAAAGCUGAUAGGAUUUGUGUUGGACCCACCAAGUUUCGAAUAGAGGAAAGAAAAUUUGCAAACAUGGAUGCUUUUGAGGAAUCAAAGAAUGAUAUGAAUAUUUGGAGUUUAUUUUCUCAGUCUUCUACACUCAUUUUCUUACACGGGUUUUCUGCUUUUUCACACCUAAUUUUGUUGUUAGUUUUAUCCAUUUCUUGGGUUUGCAAGAGACACACAGCGUCUACCCUUGAAAAUUCAAAACCAAUGUUAAAGAAUACAUUCUUCUUAUACUAUUGGUUAGCUCUAAUAUCUUGCAUGGCUCUUUCUUUCUGUGAUCUUCUCUUAUGCAUGUUAAACUACCUCUUUAGAUAUGGGCAUGGUUGGCCGGAUCUAAACAUUUUUGCUCAGUUGGAUUUUGCAUUCAGAACACUUACUUGGUGUGUGAUCUCUGCUUACUUGCACAUCCAAUUUUCUCAUUCAACUGAGCGCCAAUUCCCAAUUUUACUACGGAUUUGGUGGACCUUCUACUUCUUGAUGUCGUGUUCCUAUUUUGUUAUACAUCUUGGUUUGAAUUGGAAACAUUCCUCAUCAUUCUUGCUAUGGAUCUCUGAUAUUUUAUCCAUUAUUUCUGGUUUAUUCUUUUGUUAUGUUGGGUUGUUUGGAAAGGGGCGAGAGGAUGAAAAUCACCUUUUGGAGCCUCUUUUGGAAAUUGGUUCCAAUAAAAGCAAUGGUGAUGGUGGACAAGAAUCAGGUGUCGGUGGAGAUAGUGUAACUCCUUAUGCAAAUGCCAAUCUUGUUAGUACUUUCACUUUUUCUUGGAUGGGCCCUUUGCUUGGACUUGGUUAUAAUAAAACAUUAGAUCUUGAAGAUGUUCCUCAGCUUGACAAUAGUGAUAGAGCCAAUGCAGUGUUUGCUUGUUUUAGAAAAAAACUUGAAUAUGAUGGUGAUGGUAGUGGUAAUGGUCAUCAGGUAAACACACUUAAUCUGGUGAAGGCAUUGGUUUUUUCAACAUGGAAAGAAAUUCUGUGGACGACCAUAUUCUCCAUUAUAUGCACAUUAUCUUUGUAUGUUGGACCAUAUCUUAUUAAAGAUUUUGUUCAAUAUCUCAAUAAUAGUCACCAGAUUAAAAAUAAAGGCUAUAAACUGGUCUUAGUUUUCUUUUUUUCAAAGCUCAUAAGUUGCUUCUCAGAGAGGCAUUUAUUCUUUCAAUUGCGGAAGAUGUCAAUUCGGGUCCGUGCUGCCUUAUAUGCAAUAAUAUAUAAGAAGGGUCUUAGGCUUUCAAGCCAAUCAAAGCAGAGCCACACUAGUGGGGAGAAUGUUAAUUUGAUGAGUGUUGAUGUUGAGAGGACAAGCCUUUUCAGUUGGUACAUGCAUAGUAUAUGGAAGGUGCCUCUUCAGGUUAUUCUAGCAUUAUUGAUCUUGUACAAGAACUUUGGGCUAGCUUCACUUAUGGCUUUGGUUGCCACAAUGAUUUUGUCGUUAGCAAAUAUACCAUUGGGAAAUCUACAGGAGAAAUUUCAAGGGGAAUUGAUGGAUUCAAAGGAUCGACGAAUGAAGGUGACAUCUGAGGCUUUAAGGAAUAUGAGGAUUCUUAAGCUUCAGGGUUGGGAGAUGAAAUUUUUGGCUAAGAUAAUUGAGCUUAGAAACUUUGAAACAAGAUGUUUAAAAAAGUUGAUUUAUUCAUCAGCUAUGGUUGCCUUUGGCUAUUUAUUUGCUCCAAUGUUUGUAUCCAUGGUUACUUUUGGAUUUUGUAUAUUUAUGGAAAUUCCGCUAGAGUCUGGAAAGAUUCUAUCUGCACUUGCUAUAUUUGAGAUAUUGCAAGGGCCUAUUAAUAAUAUUCCAUACCUAAUCUCUAUGGUAGUUCAAACUAAAGUUUCCCUUGAUAGAAUAGCAUCAUUCCUUUGUCUUGAUGAUUUAUAUCCAAAUAUAGUACAAAAGCUUCCAAGAGAUAGUGCCGAGGUUGCAAUUGAGAUAGUCAAUGGGAAUUUCUCUUGGGACCUUCAUGCCCCUAAUCCCACAUUAAAAGAUCUUAAUUUUCGAGUGUACCAGGGUAUGAGAGUGGCUGUUUGUGGUUCUGUUGGUUCAGGAAAAUCAAGCUUACUUUCUUGCGUAUUGGGAGAAGUUCCGAAGUUAUCUGGUGCCAUUAAGUUGAAUGGGACUAAGGCUUACGUUCCACAAUCACCUUGGAUACAGAGUGGAAAGAUAGUAGAUAAUAUAUUGUUUGGUAAGGAGAUGGAUAUGGAAAGGUACAAUAUGAUCCUUGAAGCUUGUUCAUUGAAGAAGGAUUUAGAAUUGUUUGCUUUUGGGGACCAGACUAUCAUAGGGGAGAGAGGGAUCAACUUGAGUGGUGGGCAAAAGCAAAGAAUCCAGAUUGCACGUGCUUUGUACCAUGAUGCUGAUAUUUAUCUACUUGAUGAUGCUUUUAGUGCUGUGGAUGCUCACACAGGAACCCAUCUAUUUAAGGAGUGUUUGCUAGGAAUUUUGAGUUCAAAGACAAUAAUAUAUGUUACCCACCAAGUAGAGUUUUUAUCUACUGCUGAUCUUAUCAUGGUUAUGAGAGAUGGAAGGAUUACUCAAACAGGAAAGUAUGAAGAAAUUCUUAGUUCAGGAACUGACUUUAUGGAAUUAGUUGCUACACAUAAGAAAGAUUUAGAAGUCCUUAAUUCUGUCAAACAUGGGGCUGCUUUAGAUGAUUUAAUUAUUGGUGAGGAAGAUGGUAACAUGUGUAGUGAUAAGCCUAUUAAAGAUGAUAAGGAAAGGGAACCCAAAAAUUGCAAAACAGAAAAGCUAGUUCAAUCAAAAGGGCAACUUGUUGAAGAAGAAAAGAGAGAAAAGGGUGGAGUUGGUCUUUCAGUCUAUUGGAAGUAUGUUACCACUGCAUAUAAAGGGGCUUUUGUACCCUUAAUAAUGUUGGCACAAAUUCUUUUUCAGCUUCUCCUGAUAGGUAGUAGUUAUUGGAUGGUGUUGUCUACUCCCAUUUCAGAAGAUGCAAGACCUCAUGUUAAAGGAUCCACCCUUAUGUUUGUUUAUGUUUCUUUGACCCUUGGAAGCUCUCUUUGUGUGCUUAUAAGGUCCAUGCUUAUUGUAACUAUUGGAUAUAAGACAGCCACUUUGCUUUUCAACAAAAUGCAUUUGUGCAUUUUCCGUGCUCCCAUGUUAUUUUUUGAUUCUACUCCAAGUGGAAGAAUUCUAAAUCGGGCAUCCAUAGAUCAAAGUGCACUUGAUACUUUUAUUCCACAUCAAAUUGAAGAACUUCUUAUGUCAGUCAUUGGGUUCCUAGGAACUACUGCAGUAAUGUCACAGGUUGCAUGGCAAAUGUUAAUAGUUUUUAUUCCGAUGACAGUGACAUGCAUCUGGUACCAGGUAAUUCUAUAGCAAUUGCCACUUCUCAUGAUUAAAACUUUAAUUGAAACUCAUCCAUAUUUUACCCAAGGUUAAUAGGCUAUAAUACA